AAGCCGGCAGAAGCCUUAUUUAUUGUGUAAAAAGUUACCAAACCCUGAACUAAAGCUUGUGUUUAUACUUGAACCGCUACUAUUCUUGGUGUCGUAGUUUAUCUUAGUUCAAUUGUAAUUUAUUGGCAAAAAGCCCAGAACAAGAAAAACAUGAAGACAUUCGCAGUAGCAGUUUUAUUGAUUUGCCUCAUCGGCAUUGAUGCUGCGUUUGGUGAAGUUGCUGUGAGGACAGUUAGGGUUCGCAGGGACAAGCGCCCGUCGAAUAGGAAUAAUAGGUUCUCUCAAAGACGGGUAGUGAGUUUCCGUAGCGGACGUCAAUUGGAAGGAGAUUUGGUUGUUGAGCCCGUAAGCCUGAACGGCAAUGGUAACGGUAAUGGAAAUGGCAUCGGUGCUGGCUACAGCACCAAUGGCUACAGCAACGCGCAGCCUAGUGCUUCCUAUGGACCACCGAAGCAAAACGGAAAUGGCCUCAACGGCAACGGGGGUUUGAAUGGAAAUGGAAACGGUUUUACCAACGGCAACGGCAAUGGACUUGCUAACGGCAACGGAAACGGUUUCUCCAAUGGCAAUGGCAAUGGGUACACCAACGGCAACGGUAAUGGAUUCACCAACGGCAACGGGAAUGGCAACGGAAUCGUAAUUAACGGUAAUGGCAAUGGCAACGGAAACGGGAACGGAGCAGUGAUUGAGGAAGAAGUCAUCAUCGAUGAUGGUUCCAGUGCGGCUGGUUCUCAGCAAGACAUGAGCCCGAUCCGAGGAACUGCGGGAGUUGAUUAUCCAGUUUUCGCCUCCGUUCCUGACACCGGAUUCGACUGCAAAAGCCAAGCUUUCCCCGGUCUUUAUGCUGACCCUGGAGCUCAAUGCCAAGUUUUCUGGAUUUGCCAAGCUGAUGGCCGAGCUGACUCCUUCCUGUGCCCGAACGGUACCAUCUUCAACCAGCAAUACUUCGUCUGCGACUGGUGGUACAAUGUUGACUGCGAUUCCAGCACGAACCUGUAUUCUCUCAACGAAUUCAUCUACGAGGGACCUCAAGGCGGCUCAGGUGCACAAGCCACGACUGUUGCUCCGUUGACUAACGGCAACGGAUACUCCAACGGCAACGGGAAUGGAUACUCCAACGGCUACUCAAAUGGCUUGUCGACCAACGGGAACGGAAACGGAAACGGCAAGACGUACUUCUACGCCAGCGACUUGCAGCAGCAACAGCAGCCGGUUGCAGCAGUGGCGACCACAGGCGCCGCCGCAGAAGCUGCUCGGGCCAGUCGUCAACGAUCCUUCGGCAACCAACAGCGAGGCCGCAGCUCUGGGAACCGCCGCGUGUCCGCCGUGCGAAAGGUUGCUCGCGCGGGUCGCCGCCUCGUGUCCAACAGCAACAGCCGCCUCAAUAACAGGAACAACAACAACAACCGUAACCAGAACAACCGCAACAACCAGAGGAGCGACAAGCGCCCGUCAAAUACGAAUAAUAGGUUCUCUCAAAGACGGGUAGUUAGUUUCCGUAGCGGACGUCAAUUGGAAGGAGAUUUGGUUGUCAAGCCCGUAAGCCUGAACAGCAAUGGUAACGGUAAUGGAAAUGGAAUUGGUGCUGGCUACAGCAACGCGCAGCCUAGUGCUUCCUAUGGACUACGGAAGCAAAACGGAAAUGGACUCAAUGGCAACGGUCGAAUAGUUCGGGUUGUUGCGAUCAUGUCCAUCAGUGACACGGAGGUCAGCAGCUGUGUAACUUCUUCAUAUAGUCCAAAUGCAAGGGCAAUUGCUGCAUGCUCGUUGGACUCUGUUGGUCACAAUGCAAGUAUUCGCUCCAGCCCAUCGGUUCUUUCGAAUAUUUCUGCUGGAGAUGCAGUGUCGAGCACUAAUUUGUCCUUCGAUGUGGAUCCUUUGGCGCAAAAGUUCCAUCUAACUCGUGGCGGGAUUGCGGAAACAGUCCUCAAUGCUGGAUCAAACAAGCGGGUCAUACAGGGAAUUACCGCCGAUUGGGCUGAUCGCGCCCUAGUGAGUGAGGUAGCUGGCACCAUGGAUUUAUUCGCUCUCAUUGCGUCUCUCUGCGGCGUUCUUGACAAGGAUCUUUGCGAGCCUUUGCUCUGGAAGCAAGACGUCCAGCCUAUGGCCGAAAUGUGCUUCAAAAUAAUUGAAGAACGUCUUCAUGGAUAUUCUUACGCUUGUGCAAUAUUUGUUGGUGAUGCGAGAGUAGAUGCAACGAGAUCUUUGAACCCAAUUGCACUAUUUUUCUCGGAACUUGUGAAGAGUCACUCAAAAACACUGUUGCAAAUCGGAGCUGGUGCUCAGGAGGGUGCCAUUUUUACCGCACUUGGACUCCUUCUGAUGAAGAUGGGGUCUUCAACCAUUGUUGCCGUUCGCAGCUUGUCGUUGAUCAUCGCGUCAUCAAUCAUUCUUGCCAUGGCUGCGUUGGAGCAUCACCUUUCCAAUAAAAAGUACUCCCGCAAAAUGCGCAAUGAUGAAGCCGUGUCUUCGACUCUGCCCGACGAACUAAGUGACAAAAUUGUUGUGGAGCAUCUCAACAGGGCGAUCAAGUAUUUCAUGAAAUCGAUUCUUGCAAAACGCUUGAUAGAUUCCGUGUGCACUUUGCGAUCACAAGCCUUGGAAACAGUUGAUUCUUGCUUGAAGUUCAAUAUCAAGCAUGCGACUCCAAACUUGUUGGCGUAUCUCCUCAACGGACUUUUUGCCGGAAAAUCGGUCAAGAAUGGAAGGCUUGCUAUUUCGAUCCUCAAAGUCAUCAUGCAGCAAAACUCAAGCAUUUUGUUGAACCCAACUGCAGUCCAUAUCUUCAAGCAAUACUUCCCGCAUUUCAUGACAACGGAACUGAAGCAACAUUUUCUCGAGAUUUCUCUGAUUGCGCAUGUAUUUUACGAAUCUGCGAGCGACAAAGAGCUGGGAACUGUGUUGAGGGCAUUGCUUAAGAACGCGAGCACUGCUGAUGCCGAGAGAGACCGAGCUGUUGGACUUCUUGUAUUGAAGCUGACAAAACUUGAUUCGUGUUCUGAGGUUGACUUUCCAGAGAAUUUUCUAAAAAUCCUACGUUUUUGUGAGAUAUCCGAGGAGGAUUUGCCAUCAGUGUCAAUAAUGAUUCUACAAUUGAUGACUUUGCAUCGGAGGAAAUACGUGGCGGAUUACGGUGCUAUGUUUGAAAAAUUUGCACUGGCUGUUAACACAGUGACCUUGAAGAAGGAUUUGGUUCAUAAAAUAGCGGUUCUCUUUGAAGCCUCUGUCUUCAUUCGUAUGGGAGGAACAGUUUUGAAGAAGACGUCAAAGACGGAUAAUUGUUCCAAGCUAAAAAGGAAUGUGAAGCAUUUAAUGGAAUCGGAGCAAGAAGUUGAAUACCUAGUUAUUCCUAAACUAGGAAAGGCUCACGACAGGCAGCAACUGGUCAAAUUUUACAAUGAGCAAAUUUUUCCGAUCUUACGAAGACACGGUGUUGACUUUCCUCGCGAGAGUGACAUCUUCUUGCAUACUUUGACGAUCAAGAACGUUAUUCUUGCAGAAGAUUGGAUCGAGUCAGAUUCAGAAACUGCGGAAUUCGUGCCUCUGAUAGAAUUGCUUGAAAAUUUGAUCGAGUUCAUGCUGCAUCGAUUUGCUGUCACCGAGGCAAACGUCUUCAAGAUUGAAGAAAACGCCCCUGCUGAAGCAUUGCUAAGUUGGAUGAUCUCCCUUUCUUCGGAGCAUUUCGCGCAAACAAAAAUUACGCUUGCUUCAUUCUACGUUGACCCACCACCUGCAGACUUGGAAGGAACUGACCUACAAGAGAAUGAGAUUCCCAUGCUCAGCAUAUAUGCUAAGUUUGCGCAGAGCUCAAGACUGGCUAUGAAAUGCUGCUCUACCUUGACAACAUCACUGCUUGUGCCCUACACAGGAUUCGUCACUGUUCUCACAAAUGUGCUGGAACGUGCUGUGGACCAGCUAUCUCAGGAAGAUGCUCAGAAUGAUGAGAUCGUAUGCAGGGAAGAUGAGAUUGUGGUUACAGCAAGUAAAAUAUGGUGGUUUUGCAAAGAUUUCAUUCUGCAAGCUGAGGAUUACUGCAAAACCAACGCAACGAGUCCGGAUUUUAACCAAGAAGCAAAGACUUUUAUUCAAAAUGGGAUUGGAAAGUGUUUCUUGAAUAUGCUGAAAGCGUUUCCACUUCUGAUGCUGGAAUCUCCGGGCGCAAGUCCAGGUGACAUUUCAAGAAGAGGUAAAUUAAUUUUGGAGCGUCGGCGUUUCAUGCGUCAGAAGUUUGAUGACUUCCUAUUGUCUGGAACGCUUCGAGACGAACUGGGCGCGAAAGCUCUUGAAUACUGGAUGACUUUAGUAAGGAACCUGUGUAUGGAAAAGUCCGACCUGGUUCUGAUUUACUCCCGGCUGGAAUGGCUGAAACGACGACCCCCCGUGAUGGAGGUGCUGCUUGACGAGCUGCAGCAGUUUGCCGUGGAAGCAGCCGCCAAUGAAUCCUUGCAAGCAAUGCAUUUGGAAGCUGUUGUUGACUCAGUGUGGAAUCGUUACGAUUAUUUUUACGAUCGUCAGCCGGAAGAUAGAAUCUUGGACGAGGUUCUUCUCGGCGGCAAUAGUGGCGGAAGAGGGGCUAUUCCGCAUAAAUUCCUGGAUUACGUGAGUUAUUUGCUUGGAGCGAAGGGCCCACUGACAGAUUUGACGUCAUUGAUUCGGCACAUUUUACACUACAUGCUGAUUUCUUCCACCGCAAAAAAGCUCCAAAUGGGAUCCGGAGAUCAGUUGAACGCAUUCGCGGUAUUGUCAAUUUUCACUGUGCUGAAGAAAGACACUGGGAACAUCCAACCGGCGCACGCCGAACAAUUAGUUGCUGCAAUCGACGCAUUUUUCCCGUUACUGAGUUCUUCAGAAGUGACGUCUGAAGGGUAUUUCCAAGUCUUUAAUAAAACUCUCCGCCCGUAUAAAGAGGAUUUAAUAUUGAGAAAGGAGAAAUCUUCUUCGAAAUCCCCGCGGAGCAGACCUGCUUUAUUUCAGGGUGUUGAAGAUGCACCACAGGAGAGAGAACACCAUCAAGUUUCGUCGCCAGCCAUCUCUCACAGCAGCAAUAUCGGAGAGAGCAGUUCCAAAAAACCAUGUUUUCAAGUAUCAGAAUCUUUGUCGAGCAUUUCCUUUCAUGUUUCAUCAUCACCGGAAGUAUCAGGCAGAGAAGAAAUGCUGUGUGAAGGAGAUGAAACCGCUGUGCGAAAUGAAGAUGCUUCGAGUGGAAAUUGGCGCCGUGUGGAAGACUUAUCUUUCUGAUCCUGCGAGCAAGUUUUUUUUACGGUUUAUUUGCUGGACUACAAUUCAGAUGGCUUUUUUUGUAGGAACGAGAUGAGAUCUGAAAAAUGUAUGAAUUCAACGUGACUCUCGGCAAAAGUUUGGUGGUAAACUUUUCACAAACCUGUUUCUGGUUACAGUACUGAGGGGCUACUAAUUUAAAUUCUUACAGUGUGUGGCAAAAUUUUAAUUCCUAGGCGUCCUCGGACUUGAUGGAUGGUUUGCGCACCUUAUUUCUUUCUUUAUUUGCUCCAUUUGUGGAAGAGGAACGAAGGCAUCUUCAAAACAGUGUAGUAAAUUCGCGUUGGUUGGUCGUAAUGUGAAAAAAUUCGAAAAUUCCAAGUACUGUCAAUUCCCGAUAUGUUGCCGAGCGAGGAAGCGACAUCUACAUGUCAGUUUGUAGGUAUGAGCGCAUCGUCAAUAUGUUCCGUUUCGAAGUCCGUUCAAUUCUCCCACGAAGGUUCGAGCAAGUUGCUUUGUCUGAACCUUCCGUCUUUCCCUCCCGGGAGCCGCUGCAGACUGACGGACAAGUUUGUUUUGUUUCUCGUCGUGACACCUGCGUGUGACGAACGCCGGUGGUGAUCGGAACUCCCGGCAGUUCAGUCGUGGGCGAGACUUGCCAUCUAACGUUUUUGUCGCUUGUUCCAAUUGCUUUUUACGGUGUCGUUGUCGUACCGCGGUGUACUGUGAUGAUGAGAGCUUGUUGAAAUUUCCGUGUGUACACGAUUUAUCGCGUGUCGUUCAUACCAGGAUGCUUAAGUUUGGUGUUUCGUUAUGUAGUUUUUCUGAUACUGAGGAUGUUCAGCUGAAAUUCUGCAUGGAAUCUUGGUCAUUUCGUUACCGACUAGUUCGUGUUCGUGAAAUCUAUGGAAGGAGCGACAAUUAAAUAUCGGAGCUCAAGA